AAGUAGAAGAUGCUCUAAGUCAGAUGGAAUCAGUAAUAUAUGUAUAUAUGUAUGACAGAGUAUUCCUAGGCAACUCAUACACAUUAUGUAAUCAAAAAGUGCAUACGGGACCAUGAAUCUCAGGAGUUGAAGUACAAAUUAGUAGUCUUUCGUUGUACAUAUGGCAUGAAGCGAAAAACUAGAGGUUCAGGUUUACGCGUCAAACCGUAAGAAUUCUAUUAUUUAUUUCUGCAGUGCAAAAUACACCGGUUGCCAAUCUGGCUUUCGUAUACGCUACAAGGAGGACGAGUUUAUCAUUUCUUCCGCGGAAACAGUUCACAAUCGCAAAUGUGAAAAAAGUCUUAUGAUAGGUGAUCCAUAUUUUAGACGCCUGUCCGGGGAUGAAAAGGAGAAUAUUGCACCAGUUGUGAAGACUACAUCUGAGGUUGCUGAUGUUUUGGAAUAUGCUGAAGAGAAUUUUAAUAAAAUUUUGACGAGCACAGAUGUGUAUAAUUUACGUAAGGAUAUGAGACCAGCCAUGCCUUUGAGAUCAGAUGUUAUGCGUAUAAUAAGGCAAAGCGGUCAGGUGGUUGAAUACGUGGAUUCGAAUACAGGGAUAACCAGCAGAAUUUGCUUCGCCCUGGAAUCACAGGUUCAGUUAUAUCGGAAAUAUGGAGAGGUGGUGUGUAUUGACUCAACAUACAAUACCAAUAAGGACGGGUAGGUUAUACAUGAAACGGUUGACAAAUCUUAAUCAGAUAUUCUCUGUUUCAUUUGGUG